AUGAAUUAAUCUCUAAAUUCUCAAUUCGCUUAUUCUUCCGUUGGGGCUGGAGACAAGUCCAACAGUUUGAAGGGUAAACUUGUUCAACUUGAGGAUAUGAUUACAGCUAUCAAUGAUGAGGUACUUUAUCAUAAAAAAGAAGUCUAAAACAUGAGAGCAGAAAAAGAAUCAUUGGAAAAUGUUCUGGCUUUGAAAGCCUAGGAAGUCCGCAAAACUCUUACCAAUGAAGCUAACAGAAUUGAGGAAGAGUUAAAGAGAAAUCUAGCCCAAUAGAGAGCUGAGAAUACAAAACUGUCACAAUAGAUAUCAGCCAUUAAAACUGAGAAGACACAGUUGCAAAAGAACUUGCUAGCUCUUCAGAAGAGAAUCUAGGAACUUGAACUAUAGAUUGGUGGAGAAGAUCAGCCAAAGUGA